GGGGCGGAAGCGCGUAUGUGCCUGCGCCGUGCCCAUCCCUCAUUUCCGCUUCCCGUCCCGACCCCCCGCGCUUCCCGCCACCCGUAUCUCCGAGGAAAGGUCGCCCGAGGAAAGGGGGCUCGCCAUCCGCCCGCCAGGAUGUCGUACAUGCUGCCGCACUUGCACAACGGGUGGCAGGUGGACCAGGCCAUCCUGUCGGAGGAGGACCGGGUCGUGGUCAUCCGCUUCGGGCACGACUGGGACCCGACGUGCAUGAAGAUGGACGAGGUCCUGUACAGCAUCGCCGAGAAGGUUAAAAACUUUGCUGUUAUUUACCUUGUGGAUAUCACUGAAGUACCAGACUUCAACAAGAUGUACGAGUUGUACGAUCCCUGUACUGUCAUGUUUUUCUUCAGGAACAAACACAUCAUGAUUGAUUUAGGUACAGGUAAUAACAACAAGAUCAACUGGGCAAUGGAAGAUAAGCAAGAGAUGAUUGACAUUAUAGAAACUGUUUAUAGAGGAGCCCGCAAAGGUCGAGGUUUGGUGGUAUCGCCAAAAGAUUAUUCCACUAAAUACAGAUACUGACGUUUCUUUGGGCUGCCUUUUCUCUCAACUCUGCAUCCACUUGAAUUUAUUAUUGCGUGUGUACAUAUAUGUAUAUUAAAAGAAAAAACCCUACAAAUCCUUGAA